CGCUCUGCCGUUGGUGGCAGCACUGCGGCGCGUGAGUGACUGAUACACACACACACACAGCGCGAGACGUCGAGGAAGAGGCGUCCAGCGCGUAUAGUGUACAAACACACAGUUGAGCAGUAAUUUGUCGUUUUUAAUUUACAUUUUAGUCAAUUAAAGAGAACCAUGUCGGAAAGAAAGGUUUUGAAUAAAUACUAUCCUCCGGAUUUCGAUCCGUCUAAAAUCCCUAAACUCAAACUGCCCAAAGACCGUCAGUAUGUCGUUAGAUUGAUGGCACCAUUUAAUAUGAGGUGUAAAACGUGUGGAGAAUACAUUUACAAAGGGAAGAAGUUUAAUGCCCGUAAAGAGACCGUUCAGAACGAACUGUACCUGGGGCUUCUCAUUUUCAGAUUCUACAUUAAAUGCACCAGAUGUUUGGCUGAGAUCACCUUCAAGACAGAUCCAGUGAACACCGAUUACACCAUGGAACAUGGUGCAACACGCAAUUUUCAGGCCGAGAAACUGAUCGAAGAGGAGGAGAAAAAGAUCCAGCAGGAGCGAGAAGAAGAGGAACUCAAUAAUCCCAUGAAGGUCCUGGAGAACCGCACACGAGACUCAAAGUUGGAGAUGGAGGUGCUGGAGAACCUGCAGGAGCUGAAGGAGCUGAACCAGAGGCAGGCACAGGUGGACUUUGAGGGCAUGCUGGACCAGUAUAAAGAGAUGGAGCGGAGACAGAGAGAGAGAGAGCAGGAGGAAGACGAACGAGAGACCAAAGAGAUGUUGGAGAGAGCUCUGGUCAAACGACUGAGGGACUCAGACUCUGAAGACGAGACAGAAGAUGCAAAAGACAGAGGCAGCAAACACACGGCUGAUAAACCCACAGACAUCCUCACCACAGACGUGAACACGGGAUCACAGGGCUCAUCGUCUGUGGGCGUAAAGAAACAGAAGGUGGAGAGCUGGGAGAGGAGUGUCGGAGGUCUGGGUGAAAAGGGAGCUCUGGGGUCUCUGGUGGUGAGGAAGAAACCAGCAGAUUCUGCCUGUAAACCUGCCGCCGCUGCACCACGACAGGCUGCUAACACACAAACAGGCGCAGGUGCUGCCAAACCUGAGUCCUCCACAGCUUCCAGUGGACAACCAGUCACAUCUCAGAACGGUUCUUCUCUCAGCCUCUUGGGGGCGUAUACAGACAGCGAUGACAGCAACUCUGACUAGGCUGGAAAAAAAUUUGGCAGACUGAAAUUAAAUGUUUAUUUUCAGACUGACAAAAAUGACCAGCUCUCUUUUCACAGACCACUUUAAGUUUCCUUAACCUGGACUCUUUAAAAUUGCAAUUCGAGAGAUUUUUAUUUUUCAGUGAUGAACUUUUUAGCUGGAGGAGCAUUGUUUAUGAGAAGUUGUUUCCAUUGCCUGGAUUUCAUUCGGUCUAUUAGAUCUGCAUCAUCCCGAUGUCUCUAAUGUACUCUAUAAUGUGCUUCGUAUGUAUUAUGUACUCUAUAAUGUAGUAUUUGUUUCUCCAUGUUAGCUCAAUCACUACGAGGAAAUGCAUUUGAGGGUUUCAGUGGAGAUAAGUGAAUCUGAAUCUAAUUUCGGCUGAUCAUCUCUAAUCCCAUAUCAUCCCAUUUCAUCUUUCCAAACAUCAGACAAAUAAAAUGUUCCUCGUGUUUUGUUUCCGA